CCAGCCGGCCGGCCCGAGGGCGCCGGCCCGGGAGGCUCGGCAGAGCGGCUGCCCACGGGCUCCAUUGGCCCGGCGGCCGCCCCGAGUCGGCUGCACGCAGGAGUGGCCCUGCGCGGGCUCCGAAGAGUCGCGGCCCAAUGGCGGUAGCAGAAUGGCAAACUAGAUUAUAGUUCGCCUUUUUGUGGGCGACUAUAUGCCGCCACGCUGGUUCCGGCAGGCGGCGGACGGCGCGAUGCCGCGCGGGCACGGCGUCGGCCUCUUUGCCGGCCAGGCGGUGGCGGCGUCGUUCCAGGCGGCGGCCCCGAGCGGCCUCGGCCCCCCGAUGCAGCAGACCAUUGGCGGCGUGCCCUUCAUGUGCUACAAGGACGACGAGGCGGCCGCCAGCGUCACCGCCCGGGAGCAGGUGUGCGUGCUCCCCGCCCCGCGCAGGUCAAGCAGAUUGCGCGACUGGCCGGCCCUGGCGCGGGGCCCGCAGACACGCAGCCCCUGCUGCUCAGCAUGCCUGGCGCGGCGGCCGGCAGCCCGGCCGGCGCGG